AUGCUUACCGCCAACGAGUCAAACAUAACCUCUAAAGUACCUGUAGAGGUAUGGUCCGCCAUCUUUCAGCGCUACCUCGGUCCCUCACGAUUCGAUCCAAACCAUAGCAGCCCUAUAUUGCUAGGGAGAGAAAAAGGGUCACUCUGCGUCUUGUCUGUCACGCUUGGCGGGCUAUUGGGGACAGGCUCGACGACGCACUGGUGGUCUACUGGCUCGGAGAGAAGAAUGGCCUCCGAACCACGGAAAUGCCUCGCCAAGUGCAUUUACUACAUUGGCCCAGGAGAGGUCUUUCAGCUCCCAGAGGUCAUGCGCCUAGGGAAUGCAGUCGAGGUCACCGACCGUUCAACUGAGGCUAGGAAAAGAUCCAUCAAGUUCAACACUAAUACUUCUAUUACUCGUGUUGUCCAUAUACGCGGUCUACGUGUCGAGCUCCCAACUGUGGUCUCGGAAGAGCCACUUGAACCUCGCGUCCAAAUUCUCGAAUGGACGAUGCGUGGUCUCAUCAACACUAUCUAUGGACUCGCUCAUCCAGUGUUCAGCCACCUUGUUGCGCUCAGAGUCACCGUCGACUUUCCUUUCCCUCGACAAGCCGCAUUUGAAACUCUCCGGCUUCCUCUUCUUCGCUGCUUUUCACUCGUAGUCCGCGUAUGUGAGAUCAAGUGGCCGGAAGGCCGUUCUUUCUCCGCAUGGGCCUUCCCGAAGCUUGCAAUGUUUGAGCUGUGGGCAAACUCAUCCUCGCGUUCCUUGUCUAUAGAAACACGAGAAUUUCUCCGCGGUCAUGCAGAAACAGUCGAGGAAGUAUCAACUAUCAGCUAUUCCAGGUUCAUGAAAGAACAGCGCAGCCUCACUUUCUCCUUCAUGCGCGAAUUGUGGCCGGAGCUUCCCGCCGUUCGUCGUUAUCGUUUCUUCGACUUGCACGAAUUCGUUCAGGGAUUACCAGCCAUACCACAGUUAUGGAUAGAGGCUUCUACAUGCUCGCAUCCUGGAUCGUCAAAAUUCUGUGCUAUCAUCGGCAAUGCAGGGUUAGACGGAGACUCAGUUCCCGUCAUUGCAGCGCGUCUAAAACAGGAGUCAAAGCUCAUGGCCAACGUUAACGUUACGUUGGACACUUCUUGGGCCAACUUGUUGAAUGCGAGAACUACUAUCUGGUUCCAACGUGUCGAAGCCUUUUUCAAGGUCAUAGACGACGUUGGUAUCAAGGCGUUGGAUGCAAAUGGCGAGGACUCUUCAUGUCUAAUGGCCAUGGAGGUUCGAGCGGCGGUCGAGGGUAACUGCGAGGGAAGAUUCAGCAAUCGUGAUCUUUCCAACUUUGGCGCACUCGCGCAUGGACCGUUUGGAUCGGUAGACAUGGUCAGAUGCAGAUUGGAUAACAAGCUUUACGUGAGGAAGAGUGUUGAAAAGCGGAUUGUUGCCAGGAACGCCAGCCAAUGUUAUCCAUUUCACGAAAGAGAUCUACUUCUUGCCGCUACGAAAACACAGUGCGCAUGGACACCUCACUUGCUCUGCACAUUCCAGACUUCGGCAAAUCUGUGUUAUGUGAUGCAAUUUGCUGAGGGUGGUAGCCUUGGUGAUCUUCUUGAAAGUAGUGGUCAGAUAUCCGAGUCGGAUGUCAAGUGGUGGCUACCGCAAAUGAUCACGGCGAUUCACUGGUGUCAUUCCCAAGGCUUCUGUCACCGUGAUGUCAAACCCUCCAACUUUGUCGUCACGGCUACAGGUCGCCUGCUUAUCAUUGACUUUGCCUCAUCUGCUCGACUCCUACAACCAGACCAGAAUGGCGUUCAACUUAUACCGAAAGAGGCCUGUCUUGUUCUCUGUGGGACAUGCGACUACAUUUCGCCUGAAAUUCUUGCCAUCCAAGAAGAAGCCAUGAUCGCCCUCGACGAGGAGGAAGAGAUAUUCGUCCCGCGCGGUGAAGGAGGGUAUGGGCGGGAGACUGAUUGGUGGAGUCUCGGUGCCACCAUUUACGAGCUCAUAUAUGGAGUGGCGCCCUUCUUUGCCAAAGAUAUCCGGGGAACGUACAACCUUAUCAUGAACCAUGAGCGACACUUGCGCUUCCCUCCGAGGACGGAUGUAUCCUCGUCUUGCGUUAGUUUUCUUUCAGGAUUACUGCGAACAGCAACAGACCGACUUGGUCGACGCAAUAUAUCGGAGAUUACUAGCCACCGAUUUCUAGCAGACGUGCCUUGGGCGCACUUACAUAAAAGACCACGCCCUCCAAACCUUCAACUUCCGCAAUUCGAAUACAAUUUACCAGAACAUUCCAUCGUCGACCCGUCCCUUGAUGACGAAACGUACUCUAAAGGAUAUGCAUUUUCUGCAUUCUUCAACUCUUCGGUCUCCUCGACGAGCACCAAUCCAAAUGCGAAUGCUACCAAUCUCACUUUUAUCCGUCCGCCUUCUCCGCUACAAGCUACUGAAAAAGAUGUUGCAGACGACGUAAAUGUACCUUCUCAUCUCACGCAAUACGUUGGGUUCACAUGGGGUCCUACUAUCGACGCUUUUGACGGACCCUUACAACCGCCUCGCAAUCCACCUGUUCCCGCACAAGUGGAGAUUGCUACGCCGCGACCGGUGUCAAAGUCUCGGGCAGAGGCCUUUCAGUCUGCCAUGCGCCGUCUCGAGACGAUUGGAAGUACCUCGUCCGCACCACCUGCGCUGUUGACGACUGGCCCUUCCCCUAGCGAUAGGGUCAGCGUUCAUAUGCACGCAAUGUCUACCCCCGUCAGACCAUCUUCGUACGGAGAAGGUCUAUUCGUUCCUCCGAGUACCAUUAGGCGGACAGUCGGUGGAUCGGCAAGGAAGGUUGGGUCAGUGCGUGGCAUGUCCGAGCUUGAACAGCUCAAACAGCUCAGUGACUGUGUGCGCGCGAGUGCGCGGAAAAGAUUAAAUGAGCAUGCUGGUCGAACACCAGGCCCGGCUGCUGGUGGUCAACGAGGGGCAGCUAGGUCAAAUGGUACAGGUAAAGGAAGUGGGCCUCCUAGCAGCGGGCUUCGUCGGAGGGAUAGCUGGGUACGGAUGACGCUCGAUUUUGAAGAUGUACCGGCACCGACACAACACUUCCCUGGACUCAGGGACCCUGGGGAGCAUGACGAAGGUGGCUUGCGAAUAUUUGUCAAGAAUAGGACGAAUCGCUCGGCCAACCACAGCCGACGAAGCAGUUAUGCCCUAGAGCUCGGUGCCAGUGAGCCCGCGGAAGAAGAUUUGGAUGGAAAUGAGUCGACUGGCGGAAUUCUCUUUGGCUCACUUGGUCGCAAAUCUGGCGUGGCCUUUAAACCACAUCCACAAACAAUCCCAAGCCCGAGCUUUUCCUACGGUCCAGGCGAGGGAGGGAGUAAUCAUCAGAUAGAAGAUGAGCCAGCUACGACAGAUGAUGAUAUGCCCAGCCCUAGCCCUUCACCGCGACCUGGAUCUGCACAUUCACGCUCACGCUCUGGGUCUGGUCUCGCACUCGCCAAAGAGCAGAGACAGCCGUUGACGUUGACCCAUCGGUCAUCGCUGGGGCCUACAGCGUCUGUACCAGCGUCCAAGCCCACACCUUUUCAUCGCACCACGUCCAGCUUAGCGUCUGCACCUACAUUGACUCCAAGUCUAUUGGUUUUGCCUCAAAGACGACAUGCCUCUGGAGAGGAUGAACCUCGUGUCGCAAAAGAACGGGAGCUCCCGGUGAUCGCGAACCCAGGAGAAUCCAUGGCGGUGGCUAUUCCUCCAGACUCGAGCUCCACCCCGUAUCCGAGCGCGAAGAAGGAUAAACCACGUAUCUUCUCUCCGCCGGUUGAAACUACCGCCAAUCCGGUGGCGCGAAAGAGCAGUGGAGCUAGCAAAGGAAAAAGGGACGAUUUGGAUAUGGAUGCGACGCCUCGACCACGCAAAGUACCGUCAUCGGUACCGACACAAUUAUCCCUCCCGAAGACGUCUAUCUUCGAUCGGCAAUCGCAAACUGCGAAACAGGCCAGAGUUUCGAAUGCAGCUAGUCCUCUCCAAGAGUCUACGGCUCCACGACCAAUAUUCUCCCGACAAGAGGAAGCCCCUCACGUGCAAGUCAGUGUUGUGCCCCUGGACGAGAAGAAUUCACGAAUAGCUGGGAUGGAAAUGCGAUUACAGAAGAUGAUGAGAGACAUUGAAGGCGCAGAGCGCAAAUUAUUACAAGUGAAAUCUAGCCUAAAUUGA